CUUUCAUCAUAGCUUAUUCGCAUACUACAGCGUUGUUCUCCUUCCAUUAAAAUCCUGUUGGUGAUUUUUUUCAAUAUCCUUUUAAUUCCAAAGUCAUUGGAACUUUAAACUUUCAAAUUUAAAUUUGAUUGCAUUUUUCAUAAAAUUUUACAAAAGAUUAUAUAAACACUAGCGUGUUUAUUUUUAUUAUAUUGUUACAAGUGAAUUUCGCUACGGCAAACGGCUUUAAACUGUCGACACCAAGCAAAAUGUAUACAAGAAGCAGACAGAGCAAUCAAAAUUUCAAUAAUGCAGGCCAGCAACGGCAGCAGAAUACCCCAAAUUCGCAGGGGAAUUUCCAAAAUCAACAGAACCAAAAUGCGAAUUCGUUCUCUCAGCAAGGGAAUUACCAAACAAGUCAAACAACACGGGUGAAUCAGCAGGGCAACUUUAAAGCCGGAAAUGUGCAGCAGUUUAAGGGUCAACAACAACAACAGCAGCAGCAGCCGCCAACGCAGCUUCAGCAGCAGGCAAAUCAGGCUCGAAUGCAGCAGCAGCAACAACAACAACAACAGCAGCAGCAGCAACAACAACCACAAACACCCAAGCCUAAUCAACAGCUUCAACAUCAGCAACUUCAGCAGCAAUUGAAGCAACAACAACAACAGCAGCAACAAGCCGCUGCUGCUGCUACUCCUGGAACUCCACAAGCUCAACGAUUGAAGCCAAUUUUGAAGCAAUCACCAGCUCCAACUGGUGCUGCUCAACCACCUCAAACGCCUCCAGUUCAACAGCAGGCUCAGCCAAUUCAAGCACCUCCUGCUCCACAAAUUGGUGGUGAUGUUAAGAACGAAGAUGGAGAAAAUGAGGAGGGAAUGGAGGUGACUGAUCAACCAAGAUGGAGGCGCAAGACUCCUGGUUUGAAAGUCAAUCGCAAAUUGAAGAGACUUCGUUUGAAUCAACGUCUACGACGAACAAUUCAACCUAAGAACGCAAUUAUGGUACUCAAUGAAAUGAAAACUGGAGUACAAUUUAUAUUCCCAGAAACUCAAUCGUCAAUGGCCAGCUCUUUAUUCCUUGCGCACGCCGAGAUCGAUGGAAAAACUUACGUCGGUCAAGGACUCUCAAAGCCACUUGCACGUCAAAAUGCAGCUGAGAAUGCACUCAAGUGUCUUCUAUUGGAAAAAAUGUCAGCCGCUGCGAUAAAAGCAAAAAUUGACGCUGAAUCAGAUGGACAAACAACGCCCGUUGAAACAUCAGUGCAAAAAGAUGAGAAUAAUGAUGUUAGUGUCAUUGAAAAAAUGGAUGUUAAUUCCGAUGAACCAGAAGAGGUACCAUGGAGUUGUUUAGCGAGUUUUGCAUUAUAUAAACUUUUUGUUGAAUGGCAAAAUCAAGGCACUGUUGUACCCGUUCCAAGGCCAGGUGUACCAGCAGGAAAAGUAAAGAAGGAGACAAAACCAACAAUUCAAAAAGAAUUGCCAAAUAAUGCAACAUGUGUACAUCCUGUUAUGCUAUUGAAUCAAAUGAGACCUGGUUUAACUUACGUUGAAGUUACUCGCGUUGGAAAUCCACCCAAUACAAUGUUUACAUUGGGAGUGGAAAUCGAUGGAGUCGAAUAUACAGGAACAGCUAAAAACAAGAGGGACGCAAAAAAGAUAACGGCGAAAGCUGCUUUACAAGCAUUGUACGGUUUGACUUAUGAGGAAGAAGUCAAAGUUGAUCACUCAGAAGAUAUUCAAAUGUGUUAAUUAUCCAACUUUAACAAAAAAAUAUCUUAUUCUUUCUUUUUCUCCCAAUUUUACAAAUAUGAGUUUAGGGCUCAUAAUAAACGUGAAUAUUUCACACCGUUUCAUCAAUAUGAAUGUGUAGCUGUAAUGCGCAUAUUAAUUAGAUUUUAGACAUUAAUAAGUAAGAUAAUAACUGAUAAAAGAAAGAAAGAAAGAAGAAAUGUUUUGAAAUAGUAAUUUUUUUCAUAUUUAUGUUCAUUUGUGAAUAUAUAACUCAUUUUUUUUUCUUUUUUUUCUCUCUUAUAACUAAAAAAAAAAAAAAAACGUCAUUUUAUAUUUAGACAUUCUUUAAAAGCCGACAAACAAACAAAAUAACUCAGUUUUCUAUUUAAAAAAAAGACGUUAUUUCAUUAUGUAAGCAACAAUUUAACGAAAAUUGAUUGAAAUUAAAAUGUUUUUUUUCUUCUAUUUAUUGUAGAAUAUUAAUUGAAUGUAAAGAGAAAUAAAGGAAAUGAAGUCUUUAAUUAACCGACUAGAAAACAAAAAGAAAAUGUAUCCGUCGAUUAUGAAACAAUUUAUAAUAAAAAGAAAUUAUUUCUGGAGCUUUCGACACGUUUACACGUUGCCUCUUGAAUUUAGUGUAUAAUUAAAGUACACAUUACACUUGA